AUGGCGAAUGACAAUGAACACCCGUACAUAAAGCAACUGAACGCGAGAGCAAAGGUUGAUCUGUCGGAUAAAAAAAUCCAGGACGUAGCAAAAAGAUUGCCAAAAAUGUUCGAAGAAGGAUUAAAAUUCAAACGUGCUGGUAACGAUGACAUGUUGUACGUAAUGAUGAAACGUUAUUUAGAUUCGGUGGCAUGGGUACAGAAAAAUAGGUUAUAUAAUAGUAAUUCUAAUGAGUACCAACAAUACAUUGUGCCUAGACACGUCGAAGAAGCUAAAACUACCAUAGAUAGUUUGUCAAUUAAAUUUGAAGAAUCACAUAAACAACAGCAACAACAGCAGCAAGUGAUAGUUAAACCAAAAAUAAAAAGUGAAGAGAAGGAACCAGACGAUGAAACUUACCUCGAUAAAAUAUCAAGUUUACCUGACAUUCCAGAUGAUGAACCACUGAAUAAUAACGUUGUCAUUAAUAACAAUAACAACAACAACAAUAAUGUCGAAAAAAAUGAAUUCAUGACGUGUACAGAUUUGUAUAACGUUAUUGACAGUAAUAAAACACUGGUUUUAGAUGUGAGGUCACACGAUGAUUAUUUACUAUCGAAGAUAAAAUCACGUAAAUGUGUUAAUAUACCUGAAGAAUGUAUUAAAUUGGGGACUCUAGCAAAAAACUACACUCACUACAUCGUAGAUCCUAAGGAAAUCAGUUUUUAUGAAGACCGCAGUGUUAAAUUUAUAAAUAUUCUGGUGCUGGUUGAUUGGUCUACGACACCUGAGACCUUGAAGCUCAGUAGCCCGAUAGCGUUGAUGGCAAAAAUCCUACGAGAUUGGGAUCCAGGAACAACAAAAGCUGAGAUCCUGAUGCUAAAAGGAGGAUUCAAAGAAUGGCUCGAUACGUAUCCAACUUGGGUAACUGAUCCCAAUGUGACUUGUCCAUCAGAGCGUAAUCAUCCGGAAUACGAUAUUCCUCCGAUCGACUUUCCUAGUUUUCAAAAAGAAAGACCACCUGCUCCUAAACGGACUCCCAUUAAUAAUUCACUGAAUGAUCUGGACAUAUCUCGGUUGUCGCAAGGGUUUGAUAAAAUGGACAUUGAUACUAAUAUUAAUAGUUAUCAUGAUAGUAAUGAUGACAGGAAAAUUAAAACUGUUAAGCCGCCUAUCGACCGCACUAAAAAACCUGCUGAUAAAGACCCAGAGAUUGUUCAGUACUUUGAGACAUUAAAACAGCGGAACUGCCUGGCUGAAGAUCAGGAAAAGUUGGAAAAGCAGUUGUGGCAUCUGGAACAACAAUUGUUUGAUGUCAUUAAAAUUGGUGGUGAUGGUGAAGAGCUAAAAGACGAAAAGGAUGUGGUCAAAAAAACUCUUGACAAGAUUCUUCAGGAUAAAAAAAAAAAUAAAAGCGAAUUAAUUGAAAAAAAAUCGUUGGUUAAAAAUAAACUAAAAAAUGUAACUUCUGAAGAAACUAAAUUAGACCUCAGAUUCGGUGAUAUUGAGAACAGAAUUAAAGAAACUCAAUUAAAACGAGAGGAAGUCAUAAAGAAAUUGGAUAAAUUAUUAAAAGAAAGAGACGCUUUAAAAAUAAAUAAAGCAAAUAAUUAUGACAGUGAAAUUUAUAAGGAGCCAUUAAAAAGCGAAGAAUCCACGCUGACAAUUAACUCUGAUUUGAAGAGAUCCCUGUCAAGUCCAAAUCUUGCGCAGUUUGAAAAUUUGAAAAUACCGACGUUCGAUCGUUCGUCUAAGCCAACAGAUGUGCGUAAAAAUAAUUAUGACAAUAGUCGUAGUAAGAAAUCUGUCGAUGAUUCCAAUUUGUCUCAUAUGAAACCUGUCUUUAUGGAUGGUGUGCAACAAGGUACAACUGGUUUAAAAAAUCUUGGUAACUCGUGUUACAUGAGCUCAAUCAUACAGUGCUUGAGUAACACACCGAUACUGUCCAACUAUUUUCGCAACAAUAGUUACGAAGACGAUCUCCAUCGCAAUGGAAAUUAUGGGAAAAAUAGUAAAUUAGUCACUGCAUUUGCCCAAGUUAUUAAAUCACUCUGGACUAGUACUAUACGUCAUAUUUCACCAAUUGAGCUUAAGUCAACAUUAGGAAGUCUCAGUAAUGAAUUUGGAACCAAUGAGCAGCAAGAUUCACAUGAGUUUUUAAUUCUUCUAUUAGAGUGGAUGCACUUGGCUUUAAGAACGGAUGACAAAAAAAUACCUCGAGACACUCAAAUGACUGAAGCAGAAAAACAAUACGAACAAUCUUUGGAGGGUAAAAGAUCUGUUCUGACAGAACUGUUCAAUGGACAAUCUUGUUCCACAUGUACAUGCAUGCAUUGCGGAUUCCAAAGUAUUACUUAUGAAACAUUCAACAGUUUAACUUUAUCAGUGCCUGAAAAUGCACCAUGUUCCUUAUCUGAUUGUCUGGAUCAAUAUUUAAGUGUGCAAAUUAUACCGGAAUGGAAAUGCCCGAAAUGUAAAGUACCGCGGCAAGCUACAAAAAAAUGUGAUUUUGUGCGGCUGCCACCGAUUAUUAUCAUUCAUCUAAACCGGUUCAGUGGAACAGAUGGAAUAAUGUCAAAGAAAAAUACUAGUGUUAAAUGUCCGCUAAACAAUUUAAACUUGCGACAUUAUAUUCCAAAUAAUAGUAACCAUAAUUAUAAUUACAAUAUGUAUGGUCUUUCUUAUCAUGUUGGAGGUAUCCAUGGGGGUCACUACACGGCAUAUUGUAAAAAUGUACAGAUUCAAAAGUGA